AUGAUCCGUGCCCUGAACCUGUUCCGUUCGCGUGCCACUGCAGCACAGAGCCUUCUCCGACAUGGAUCGAAUGCGGCUGUACAGAAGCGUUUCCUUUCGAUCCACGAACAUCUCUCGAUGGGUCUGCUCAACAAAUACGGCAUCAACACGCCCAAAUUCCUGACGGCCAAGGACGCCGACGAGGCGUACCAUGCUGCACAGAAGUUUGGCGGUAAGCCUAUCGUGGUCAAGGCCCAGGUACUGGCUGGUGGCCGUGGUAAGGGUCACUUUGACAACGGCCUGCAGGGCGGUGUCCACUUGGUCAAGACUCCUGAGGAAGCCCGCGAACUUGCCGGCAAAAUGAUUGGUAACAAGCUUAUUACGAAGCAGACGGGCGCUGGUGGCCGUCUUUGCAAUGCAGUCAUGAUCGCUGAAGCCCGUACGCCUAAGCACGAGUACUAUGUGGCCCUGUUGAACGACCGUGUGAGCCAGCUGCCUGUGCUCAUUGCCUCCAACCAGGGUGGUAUGUCGAUUGAGGACGUUGCGAAGGAAAACCCUGAUGCGAUCGUGACGACGCCGAUUGACUUCACCAAGGGUCUCGACUUUGAGACUGCCAAACAGGUGGCUCACAAGCUUGGCUUCUCGGGUUCCGAGCAAGAGAAGGAGGCUGCCGAGACGUUCGUCAAGCUCUACCAACUGUUCAGCGAGCGUGACGCUACGCAGGUUGAGAUCAACCCUCUUGCUGAAAGCGAGGACGGCGCUGUGCUGUGUAUGGACGCCAAGCUCGGCUUCGACGAGAACGCCGACUUCCGCCAGAAGGAAGUAUUUGAAAUGCGCGACUUGACACAAGAGGACCCCAGUGAAGUCAAGGCUGGCAAGUACGGCCUGAACUUUAUCAAGCUCGACGGUAACAUCGGCUGUCUGGUCAAUGGUGCUGGUCUUGCCAUGGCCACGCUUGACGUGCUCUCGCUCAACGGUGGUAAGCCUGCCAACUUCCUUGACGUGGGUGGUGGUGCCAACGCUGAGGCCGUGAAGCAGGCCUUCGACAUUGUGCUUGAGGGUGAGGGCGUGCGCGCCAUCUUUGUGAACAUUUUCGGUGGUAUCAUGCGCUGCGACGUCAUUGCCGAGGGUAUUAUCAAGGCUACGAAGGAGAUGGAUCUCCAUGUUCCGCUUGUCGUCCGUCUCCAAGGCACGAAGGAAGAGGAGGCGAAGGAGCUCAUCCGCAAAUCGGGUCUGAAAAUCCAGGCUUACAACGACUUGGACGAGGCUGCCCGCAAAGCCGUGGAAGCUGCUGCUCACUAA